CGCGCAAAGGGAUUGCCGUGGCUCUCCGUCUCUCGCUGUUCUGCUUCUCUCUCUGAAGUUGAUCUGUAAUCGAGCUGCUGUUCGGCCGGUGACGUUAAUUAAUCAUCUGUGGAGGUUGACGAUCAGAAAUGGACGGAAUGACGUUUCCAUGGAUGAGUCGAGACGUUUGAUGGAGGUUUCGUUGGGAAUAAUCGAUGCCUUUCUGAGUCUACAGGAAAUAGCCUUUGUGAUGUUGGAGUGUCAUGUGGUGUGACAGUGCGGGGGUUCCGGGGCUCACGCAUCGGAAUGCCACAGGGUUCCACGCCGACACCGCUGCUCGUCUUCCUAUUGGCCACGCUGGGAUACGCGAUGGCUGGUCUCCACCUGUGGCCCUCCGUCCAUGUUGCCCUUAGUAACAGCAGUGUGUUCCUCGACUACGACACCGCAGACGGCAACGCUUCCUCCGACAUCCGGAACAUGACCCUAACUCUGGUUGACACGGAAACUAACGCCACCCUGCUCACCAGAACCCUGCCAGCCAACCAAUCAGAGGGGAGAUUAGAGUUAAACUGCUCCUGCUUCCUGUACGCUGGAACAUUCCGCUUCCGCCUGGAGCAGAUUGACUACGCAACCGCCAAUUCUAAUGCUAAUGCUAAUGCUAGCGUAACGGAUAGAGAUGGGAAUGGGGUUGUUACGACUACUGCCACCUGGUGGUGGAGUUCGGAGCUUCGGGUGGAGUGGCCGACCUUUCACAUUGCCGUGGACCGAGCCAGCAACCAGUCAGGAUCCUUCCAGGUGGGUAUCUCGACCAAUGAGCUGUUCCAGCCCUGCUCCUCUGGCCUUGGUCCCGCCCUCUUCCUGGAGGUCAGCUACCUGGAGUUCAACCAGAUUGGUCGAAAUAGCAUCGACAAGGUCCGCGCUCGCACCCGGCACCCAAUCAAAGAGCUGCGUUCUCAGACGGUGGAUCUGUCGUGUGCAUUCCAUUUCACAGAGCGAGACUUCAUCAGGGUGGCGCUGCGCUCCCCUCACACAAACCAGGAUGUAAAGUCAUCUGGCCCGCUCUACCUGUCUAGGAUCUUCUCCUAUAAGCUACUGGUGGACAACAUCAACUCUUACAGGUCAGGCUGUGAGGGAACGGUAUCUGUACGUCUGGUGACCCCUCCCUGUGCUCUGAUCAACGGCAAGGUCCUCUUAUUCCGGGACGGAGGUGUGGGGUCAGAGGGAAAGGGGGGCACAGGGGUGUGGGGAGCAGGUGGAGGGGUGGAAGGGGGUGUAGGGGCAGAGGGCCCGCUCCCCUCCGUUCCACUGGCGUUUAAUUGGCUGACACAGGGGGAGAACGAGACAGAAUUCAACUGUUCGGUGUUUGACCCAGGAAGGAAUAAAUACUGCUUCAGAUUUGUGCUCAACUUCAGCCGCUCUCCGAGUCCAGCUCAGACCUGCCUGGUGGUGCACAGGAACGCAGAGUCAUGGGGUGUGUGGCAGGCGUGGAGUGUGUGCAGUGUGAGCUGUGGAGAGGGGGUGAGGGAGAGAGUGCGAGAGUGUCUGCUGCCCUCCGGUGGUGGAAGUAUGCAGUGCACCGGCAUGGUCAAGGAACAGUCUCUCUGCUCACUGGAAGACUGUACAGUCCACCCCGCUCCCUCUCCGUCCCUCCCCCCUCCUCCAGCCUCCUCCUUUCUUGGUGGUAACCUGGUGGUCGUGGCAGGUAUAUCCCUGUGUCUGGCGGUCAUCCUAGCUACCAUCCUGGUCACCCUGUGGCGUAAACUCUGCCGGACACCUCAGUGUAACUCGGUCCGCAGCGGAUCUAUGCACUCACCUGGGGGACGUAAACUCUCUGACGAGGCCUCCAUCUGUGGGAACAGCCUCCAGAGACCCAGCCUCUCCGACAGCCAGGGGAACCACGGGGGCACAGGGCCAGGGCUAGCCCAGAACGAAAGGCCUAACCCGGGGUGCAAGCCUCUGCCUCAGCCCCCUCCUCUGGUUAUUCCCCUGGAUCAGGACCCAGAUAGACUGUCUCCAUCGGGACAGAAGGUGCUACCGCCAAUCUUUGGGUACCGUCUGGCCCAGCAGCAGUUAAAAGAGAUGAAGAAGAGAGGUUUAAAGGAAGCCACCCAGCUCUAUCAUGUCUCACAGAGCCCUGUCCACGACACUCUUCUGGAGGACUCCCCCACCUCCACCCCUACCCAGCCAGGGUUCACCUUCCCUGGGCUCAGCCCCAACCCCAGCCCCCUGGACCUCCAGGAAGAGGAUUCUAAUCUGAGCCGGUUUCGUAUCACCGCCCCCUUCCCCGAGCCCAGGGUCCCACAGCGCAGCUCGGUUACUCUGCCAGACAGACUGAGCCCCAGGGUGGAGCUCGUCCUGGGGCCUCCCGUGGCCGGAUACAUGAGAGAAGGCGGGGGAGGAGGUGGCGGGAGCUCCAAACGACGAGACCGCACGGCAGACUGGGUGGAGAUGGUGGAGAGGACUGGGUUAGGAGGGAUGGGAGGAGGAGGCGUUCCCUCCAACUCGUACCAGAAAAACCCAAACUGUAGACGGACAUCCAGCUUUCACGUCACCAAGCCCCCACCUCCCCCAGCAGCCCCAUGUCGCCCCCACAGGGAGAGGAGUCAGACCCAGGUGGGUCCCCGCACCAGGACCCUCCCCGAGGGCAGCUGUAGGAUCCGAGGAACCUCGGAGACCCAGAACCCGGCCUACCCACCCUAUCCCAUCCCAGAGCAGAGCACCCCUGACUGGGCCAGGCCCAAACCGCGACCCCUUUGGCCUGGGGACGACAGGAGAAGACCCUGGGUGGAGACUGGAUGUCCUCCGUGUUUCAGUAACAAACCCAAACACGCUGAAAACAACACCACCUACUUGAUCUCUGACCCCGAACACACAGAGACCAACACUACAACGGCGGCCAUGUUAGGAUCUGAGCUGCUUAGCAACCCGGAACUCACCCUGGAGAGGGAGAGGCGGAGGAUUGGCGAUAGAAGAGAAGGAGGUGAAGAUAGAGGAGAGAGAGGUGGGACUUCAGGUAUAGGUGGACCAGGGGUGGGGUCUCGUGGCUGCACUGCUUACCUCACCCCGGACCGGGCGGAGCGGGCUGAACAUAACUGGAACCGUCGAGGCCCUUCCCCGAUUCAGAGAAAUAUCCUGGCCAGGAAGCUGAGAGAAGCUCAGUCCUGCAACACCGCCUCCGACCAGCAGGGGCGCCAUAACCCACAGCAGCAGAGGCAGCGCAGCUCCACAUUUAGCGUGUCUGCCAGUGAACAAAGGAAGGGGAGGUGCAGGUCUCUUCCUCUGUCUGGAGACUCCCCCUAUGGACUGACUGAGGCAGAGCAAUGCAUGCUGGAUCUAGAUAUGACCUCGCUAUACCUGGGAGAGGAUGAGUUCUGACCUGUACACACCUAGAGGGGAGGAGAGGAUGAGUUCUGACCUGUACACACCUAGAGGAGAGGAUGAGUUCUGACCUGUACACACCUAGAGAGGAGAGGAUGAGUUCUGACCUUUACACACCUAGAGGGGAGGAGAGGAUGAGUUCUGACCUGUACACACCUAGAGAGGAUGAGUUCUGACCUGUACACACCUGGAGAGGAUGAGUUCUGACCUGUACACACCUGGAGAGGAUGAGUUCUGACCUGUACACACCUAGAGGGGAGGAUGAGUUCUGACCUGUACACACCUGGAGAGGAUGAGUUCUGACCUGUACACACCUGGAGAGGAUGAGUUCUGACCUGUACACACCUAGAGGGGAGGAGAGGAUGAGUUCUGACCUGUACACACCUGGAGAGGAUGAGUUCUGACCUGUACACACCUGGAGAGGAUGAGUUCUGACCUGUACACACCUGGAGAGGAUGAGCUCUGACCUGUACACACCUGGAGAGGAUGAGUUCUGACCUGUACACACCUGGAGAGGAUGAGUUCUGACCUGUACACACCUGGAGGGGAGGAAGAAGUCUUGUUGCCUAGAAGGUGCCCAGAGGAGGAAGAGGAGAAAGUUGUAAAGACAUGACUGAAAACCCUUUGGGUAACGCUUGACACCAGCAUCAUAACGUUAUGACACAGUUAUAACCAUGUCACAAUAUGUCAUAACAGCUGACAUAAGUUAUAACUUAUCAUAAUAUGGUCAUAAGUGUCAUCAAAUCAAAUUGUAUUCGUCAAAUGACCUUACCGUGAGAUGCUUACUUUACAAGCCCUUAGCCAACAAUGCAGUUAGAAGAAAAGAGUUAAGGAAAUAUUUACUAAAUAAAAUAAAAGCAAAAGAAUAAUACUUUUGUAAAAAGUAACAAUUAAGGGCCUCCCGGGUGGCGCAGUGGUCUAGGGCACUGCAUCGCAGUGCUAACUGCGCCACCAGAGUCUCUGGGUUCGCUCCCAGGCUCUGUCGCAGCCGGCCGCGACCGGGAGGUCCGUGGGGCGACGCACAAUUGGGCUAGCGUCGUCCGGGGUAGGGAGGGUUUGGCCGGUAGGGAUAUCCUUGUCUCAUCGCGCUCCAGCGACUCCUGUGGCGGGCCGGGCGCAGUGCGCACUAACCAAGGGGGGCCAGGUACACAGUGUUUCCUCCGACACAUUGGUGCGGCUGGCUUCCGGGUUGGAGGCGCGCUGUGUUAAGAAGCAGUACAGCUGGUUGGGUUGUGCUUCGGAGGACGCAUGGCUUUCGACCUUCGUCUCUCCCGAGCCCGUACGGGAGUUGUAGCGAUGAGACAAGAUAGUAAUUACUAGCGAUUGGAUACAACGAAAAUUGGGGAGAAAAGGGGAUAAAAAAAAUAAUAAAAUAAAAAAAUAAAAAAAAGUAACAAUAAAAUAACAAUAACGAGGCUAUACACAGGGGGUACCGGUAUUGAGUUAAUGUGGAGGCUAUACACAGGGGGUACCGGUAUUGAGUUAAUGUGGAGGCUAUACACAGGGGGUACCGGUAUUGAGUUAAUGUGGAGGCUAUAUACAGGGGGUACCGGUAUCGAGUUAAUGUGCGGGGGUACAGGUUAGUUGAGGUACUUUAAAGUACUACUUAAGUAGUUUUUUGGGGUAUCUGUACUUUUACUUUUGAUAUUUUUAACAAGUAUUACUUUGACUUCACUACAUUCCUAAAAAAUAAAUAGUACUUUUUAUAUCCAAAAAGUACUCGUUACAUUUUGAAUGCUUAGCAGGACAGGAAAAUGGUCCAAUUCACGCACUUAUCAAGAGAACACGUGGUCGUCCCUACAUCCCUACUGGCGGACUCAAUAAACACAAAUACAUCUUUCGUAAAUGAUGUCAGAGUGUCAGAGUGUCAGAGUGUCAGAGUGUCAGAGUGUCAGAGUGUCAGAGUGUCAGAGUGUCAGAGUGUCAGGGUGUCAGGGUGUCAGGGUGUCAGGGUGUCAGGGUGUCAGGGUGUCAGGGUGUCAGGGUGUCCGGGUGUCGUAGUGUGCCCCUGGCUAUCUGUAAUGGUGUCAGGGUGUCGUAGCGUGCCCCUGGGUGUCGUAGCGUGCCCCUGGGUGUCGUAGCGUGCCCCUGGGUGUCGUAGCGUGCCCCUGGGUGUCGUAGCGUGCCCCUGGGUGUCGUAGCGUGCCCCUGGGUGUCGUAGCGUGCCCCUGGGUGUCGUAGCGUGCCCCUGGGUGUCGUAGCGUGUCGUAGUGUGCCCCUGGGUGUCGUAGCGUGCCCCUGGGUGUCGUAGUGUCUGGGUGUCGUAGCGUGUCGUAGCGUGCCCCUGGGUGUCGUAGCGUGUCUGGGUGUCGUAGUGUCAGAGUGUCGUAGUGUGCCCCUGGCUAUCUGUAAUGAUGUCUGGGUGUCUGGGUGUCGUAGCGUGCCCCUGGGUGUCGUAGUGUGCCCCUGGCUAUCUGUAAUGAUGUCUGGGUGUCUGGGUGUCGUAGCGUGCCCCUGGGUGUCGUAGUGUCCGGGUGUCGUAGUGUGCCCCUGGGUGUCGU